CAGGACAGACCACGAAAAGUGCCGUAAGGAAGAUGGAUUGUGGCUCUGUCAACUAAUUAGUUUGUAUUGAAAUUAAAUGUAAUACACUUUAAUAACAGCCACAUUAAAAAUUAAAAAUAAUGAUGGACUAUUUAGUGAAUAUUAAUUGGAACAAAAUAACACCAUGUCUUCUUUUAUUAGUGCUAGAAAUAGUGUUAGAAUUUUCAGAUUGUGCGACGCCUGCAGAGGUGAACAAGCACUUGGAGCUGGGCCGGGACUUCCUGGCGCGAGGGCAGCUUUCGGACGCGCUGACGCACUAUCAUGCAGCAGUCGAGGGUGACCCACACAACUACCUCACAUAUUUCAAACGUGGUACAGUUUACUAUGCUCUGGGUAAAGCAAAGUUUGCAUUGCAAGACUUCACUAAGGUGUUGGAGUUGAAAGCAGACUUUACUUCAGCACAAGUGCAGCGUGCUAAUGUCUACCUCAAACUAGCUCAAUACAGAGAGGCUAAAGAAGACUUCUUGCAAGUUACAUACGCAGACCCAUAUAACAGCGAAGCAGUAGCGCAGUACCACAAGAUUGACGAGUACAUGGAGGACUUCAGGCUGGUGGAGGCGUACUACCGCGGCGGCGACCACCGCGCCGCGGCCGAGCUGGCCACGCGGCUACUCGAGGUGUCGCCGUGGUCCGCGCAGCUGCGCCAACUCCGCGCCGAGAGCUACAUAGCCCUGAAUGAUCUAUUCUCCGCUGUGUCGGACAUUCGGUCUGUCAAUCGACUGCAACAAGACUCCACGGACGGCUACUACCGGCUUGCGACUUUGUUGUACCAACUGGGUCAUGUCAGUGAUGCCCUAAAGGAAGUCCGCGAGUGCCUUAAAUUAGAUCCCGAACACAAGAAGUGCUUCCCAUUUUACAAGAAGAUUAAGAAGGUGGACAAGCUGCUGCUGGACUGCGAGGAGCUGAGCGAGGCCCGCGACUACGUCAAGUGCAUGAGCAGCGCCGAGAAAGUGCUCAAGAUCGAGGACGAAGUCUCCUUAGUCGUGUUCGAGGCCAAGCGGUGGCUUUGCAGCUGCGCUACCAAGGAGGAGCAGUACACGGAGGCGCUGGGGCACUGCGCCGCGGCGCUGGCCAUCAAGCCGGACGCACGCGUGCUGUGCGACCGCGCCGACGCCAUGCUCGGCCUCGACAUGUUCGACGACGCCAUACAUAUGUACAAAGAAGCGCUAGAAUUAGACGAAGGGUUCCAGAGGGCCAAGGAUGGCCUCAGCCGCGCACAGAAACUUCAGAAACAGUCUGAACAAAGAGAUUAUUAUAAGAUUUUAGGUGUUAAGAGGACAGCAAAUAAGCAGGAAAUUACUAAGGCGUAUCGUAAAGCUGCGCAGAAGUGGCACCCCGACAACUACCAGGGCGACGAAAAGAAGGUUGCCGAAAAGAAAUUCAUCGACAUCGCCGCAGCCAAGGAGGUGCUGACAGACCCCGAGAAGCGCGCGCAGUUCGACGCGGGCGUGGACCCGCUGGACCCGGAGUCGCAGCGCGGCGGCGGCGGCCCCUUCAACAACCCCUUCCACCACUUCCAGCAGGGCGGCUCUCCCUUCCAGUUUAAGUUCCACUUCAACUAAACAUAUCGCUCGGCGCCUUACGUGAGACCAAACAGAGAAGAUAUACACGCCAAUACGACUGACUUUCACAACUUGACUCAUUAUUAACAAUGGUGUAGGUACCUAAAAAAAAAAAAAAGGUAUUUUUAAUUUAAGUCUACGAUGUAAAUAAACUGAUCUUUUUUUAACUUCUUAUUUGGUUUUACGCUAGGUUACCGCGAUUAGAUAAAUUACCUAGCCCCGAGGCUCCCGGUCGCACCCUAGCCUUAUAUAGUUAUUUCUAAUCAGUGUUUACAAUGCACUAUGCAGUGCGCAUUUUCUUCAAAAUCUUCCUAUAAUUGUAACAUACUGGAUCCGGGGGUGCUUGCUGGAUUAUAUGCCGUAAAAAAUGCAAUUUAUCGGCAAAACUAGUCUUAUUUCUGUAGAAUUAUGUACAAAUCAAAAAGCAUUAAUAAUAUUUAUUUCAAGUACAUAAAUUACUUGUUUAAUUACGAGAACAAUGUUUCGACACUGAGAUAGCUCGUGAUUGCAUUCUGCAUUUGAAGCACCACUUGCCUUAAUGGAAAACUGUUCACUUAUUUCAAGCACUAUGGUGAUUCAUUGCUCGUCAAAACUUAUUCGUAUUGUUUGUCAGCAUUAAAAAAAAGUUUGUACCUACUUUAGUCAAAUGCGUAUCACCGCGCGAGCUUCCUAUAUUAAUGGAAGUGUCCUUAACAAUCAUAGGAAACUUUUUUUUGUACAAAUUUCUUUGAAAAUAUUUUUGUAUGAUCAUCAAGAGCUUGCUAUUUAUAAAAGUGUUUUUGAUAGUAGAAGAGAUGUUAAGUCCAAGAAAAAAUCUUGACGCACAAAGAUUGACAGCAGAUAGCGCUGUACUGCGUCAUGUUUUGUGGUAACAGGAUUGUCAAACAUCAACUUUUGUUAUAUGUAUUCGAAACAAGAAUUUCUCUUAAACUUAUACAAUCAAUGAAUUUUCGUUAUUUAUAUAGUUUUUGCAAUUGUGAAUCGGAGUUAGUACUUCUCUCUAUAAAUACAAGAAUUUCUCUUAAACUUAUACAAUCAAUGAAUUUUCGUUAUUUAUAUAGUUUUUUCAAUUGUGAAUCGGAGUUAGUACUUCUCUCUAUAAAUAUAUUAUUAGCGCGGUUUUACUUCAAUGUAGGUAAGUCCUACUUUAAAGGGCGGGCGCCAUAAGUCGUUUCAAGUUUUAAAUUUUUGUAACAUAAUGAUUCGCUUUAUUUAUUUUUUAUUUUUAAAGUACAAAGUCGCAUUUGAAACUAGCAUUACCAAUCAAGCGUUAUUUACAAUACAUACAGGUAACAGAUAUGAUGACUACAGCAAUAAUAAAGCGUCUAACUAAUUGUUAAUUACGAAUAUAAUUACAACGCCUCUAUACUAUUAUUAGUCGGCUAGCGUCUGAUAUAAAAGUAAAGAUCUGAUGUAGUGAAUAAUCCUUUGCCAUCGUAUUUUCUCUGAAACGUUUGUAUUUUUCAUGCUACUUACUUCAGUCAACCUCAGUACUUUCUCUGCUGAGAGUAACUAAAAUAGCAUAACAUGAUCAUGCUUUUCCGUGAAAAUACGAUGGUAAAGGAUUAUUCAUUACAUCUGAUUAUAAAUAAGAUUGUACAGUCAGCGUCAAAUACUUCGUAGCAGUCAAAGUGGCCAAAUAGUUCGGUACACCAUACUAAAUAUAUGGUGUACCGAAUUAUUUGGCUACUUUGGAUGCUACAAAGUAUUUGACGCUGACUGUAAGAUACCCUGGCGAUUAAAAAUUCGUUACAUAUUUCGUACACUGUUCCUUCAAUACAUAAUAUCACAUUUUGGUUACGUGACUACAAUCAUUUUCGAGUUCGUUCUAACUGAGUGACGUAACUGACGCGGUGCGUUGCGGCUUGCCUUAUUUGUACUAAAUGUCUUACCCACGCAACCACAUAGAACUUGUGACUGUUACUAGUAGCUUUCUGUGAUAUCUUCGUAACAUCACGCUUUAGUCGCUCAAUUAGACCAAAUGCUAAUGAAGUUGUUUUUUAGAGAUUAUUCAAGAAAGUUCUUAGAUCGGCGCGCGUACAAGAAAUAUUUUGUUGGGAAGAUUACGUUUAACUUAGCAGUGUAGGAAAGGUUACCGAUCUCAACAUAUAUUAUACUAAGUGAGGUCCUAAUAGCAAUCUGUAACCGGAUGAGGGCCAGUUGCACCACUUAAUUACGUUCGUUCGCUAAACUUUGGGAAUAUUCAUUAUUCAUAGCUCUGAGUUACGUUUACCAGUUCGUCGAUUGUGUUUGGUGCAAAUGGACUAACUAAUAAUUUAUUUUAUAUAUGUUAUUUUGUUGUGAGUCUUGUAACUUUGUAAAUAUUAUAGAAUAAUAAGUCAUUAUGAUAAACAA